AUGGAUUUCUUAAAGUCUUGGUUUGGGCAGACUGAAGAGCCCACAGAAUCUGAGCCUUGGAGUCCCUGCGGGCCCUGCGGGGAAGCCGAAGCGGCUGAAGCCUUGGUCAUCGCCGCGCUUCGCGUUUGUUUGCGCCACUGGGUGGCCACGGGUGGGCCGCUCCUCUCCCCCCGCGCCUGGCGCGCGGUGAGCUGGACGGUGACGCCCAGUCACCCUAGGCGGCCAAAGGGCCUUCCUUUCAUUGCCUCCUUUCCAGGAUUCCAAGCCGCCUUGGACCGGGCCUGUGCUCGAGAAGCUCGGCUGAACGAGCAACUGCACGCAGCGGUGCAGCGCAUCGAUCUGGAAGCGGCAGAGCAAGCAGUGAGCUUUGGCGCAGACGUGAACAGCAAGAACAAACAGAGUUGGACCUCCCUCCACAUCGCUGCGAGCAAAGGCAGCGCCCAGAUGUGCCGCUUGCUGCUCGACGCCGGGGCCGACCCCGCAGCGCGCUGCACCGUGGAGGUGUGGCCAGAGGAAGUCUUCACCGCGCUGCGGAUCUCGUUGAGAUAUGUGAAGGCCCGGCUCAAGGAGGCCGAGUUCGAACGAAAGCAGCUGGGACUUCGUUCCCGCUACCGAAGACGCCUCGACACCAAUCCCAACUGCGAUUGCUUGGAGGUCUUGCUCACCCAUGCGUGUGAGGACUGGCAGAGUUUGAAGUGGAUGGAGGUCCACGUGGAGGCCGCGAAUGCGGAGCAGCUCCCGAAGGGUUGCUAUGUCAGUGUGCGUGUGGGGGAUGUCCUGAAGCAGGGCAGAUAUGAGCCUCAACGAGCUUACAACUUCCCGGGCAUUGACCGGCGGAGGGAUGUUCGGAUCGACGUCUACCAGCAUGUGGGAAAUUGCUUACUCACUGCAGAGCCGGACUCCAGUGCUAUGCACGACACCUAUGCCACCAGCACCAAUCCCGACUUCCCGGCGAUGAAAUUCAAGGUGAGCGUUUCCACCAAGAGCGAGGAAGUCCAAAAGUCUAAGACCGACCGGGCCGCCAAGAUGAAAGGCAAAGCCAAGGAGUACUUGGGCAAGCAUCGGAUUGAGGAACUCUUGUCAGAAGCUGUGAAGGCCUUGCUCAAGGAGCAGCCCACAGAGCCAGUGGACUUCAUUUGCAAGUACCUCUCGGGCAGCAAGAAAGAACCCAAGCUGAUGCCAGUGACCGGGGCCAAACCCGGCUCUAAGCCGAUGAAGCUGAAGCAGGACCCAGACCCAGCUACAGGUGAGGAGUCCUUCGUGGAUCUCGAGGGGGGCGGAACGGCGGAUCCCCGCAACGACCUGCCGGACGUGCGCUCGGAGAUGAGACAGCUCCUGGUGGAGGCUGCGGGGAAUGGCCAGCUACGAGAGGCCUUGAAAGACUUCGAUGAUGAGAGCGGCCGAAAGGCGGAAGCGGUCCGAGAAAAGGCAGGCGACCUGCUGAUGGCGGCUACUGAGAACGGAGACUUCGAGAAGAUCUUGAAGGAUCUCCAGUCAAGCGAUGCAGCCAAGAAGAAGAAUGUCGAUGAGAUAAGGACAAAGGCUGCCCAAUUGUUGGUGAGCUCUGCAGACAACGGAGAUCUCAGAAAGGCCCUGGCGGAGAUCCGCACCAUGCCGGCGCAGCCGUCGCCGCGGCAAGAGACGCGACGAAAGGCCGCGGAGCUGCUGGUGGAGGCGGCGGACAACGGUCAGCUCAAGAAGGCCUUGGAAGAGAUCAAGGGCAGCCCGAGCGGCCCCAACCUACAAAAGCUACAGAUGAAAGUGGGUGAUGUGUUGAUGGCAGCCAUCGAGAAUGGGGACUUGGAGAAAGCCAUAAAGGAAGUCUCCGAGAAUCCGCCGGCGGACCCGGCUGCAGGCGCCUCCUGA